CGUAAACGCCAUCAAUAGCAUUUUAGCAAAAGUAUUUUGGGGCGGCUUCUUACAAUGAACGUCGCAGCAGGCGGUCCUGGUACGGCCAGUGCGAGUACGACUGCAGCAAAUAGCAUUUUCAACAAUUCUUUGCUGGCAUCGGCGACGGGAGCUACCACCAUGCCGAUGGCCCAACUGGCGGACGGUUGGCUGGAACUGGAGUCCGAUCCUGGCCUCUUUACCCUGCUACUAGAGGACUUUGGAUGUCACGAUGUUCAGGUGGAGGAGGUGUAUGACCUCCAGAAGCCGAUUGAAAGCCCUUACGGUUUCAUUUUUCUCUUUCGCUGGAUCGAAGAGCGGCGUGCACGCCGGAAAAUAGUGGAAACUACCGCUGAGAUCUUUGUUAAGGACGAAGAAGCCAUAUCCAGCAUUUUCUUUGCCCAGCAGGUUGUGCCCAAUAGUUGUGCCACCCAUGCUCUGCUUUCCGUCCUGUUGAACUGCAACGAGAAUAAUUUGCAGCUGGGCGACACGCUGAGUCGCCUAAAGGUCCACACCAAAGGCAUGAGCCCGGAGAACAAGGGAUUAGCUAUAGGCAACACCCCGGAGUUGGCGUGCGCACACAAUUCGCAUGCCAUACCGCAGGCCCGACGUCGCCUAGAGCGAACUGGCGCUGGUGUCGCCAGCUGUCGUUUCACUGGCGAAGCCUUUCACUUUGUCAGCUUUGUGCCUAUUAGUGGUCAACUGUUUGAACUAGACGGCUUGAAGCCGUAUCCCAUGAACCAUGGCGGAUGGGAAGACCAUGAAGACUGGACGGAUAAGUUUCGUCGUGUGAUGGCGGAAAGAUUGGGUAUCGCUACGGGCGAACAGGACAUACGCUUCAAUCUGAUGGCCGUUGUGCCCGACAGACGGAUUGCAAUAACUCAUAAAUUGAAAAUGCUACGCACCAAUCAGGCGAUCGUCUCAGGGACACUGCAGAAACUACUGAAAGCUGACGAGCAAGGCGAAUCGGGAAACGGUGAUCAGCAGCGCCCGGACACACCCACCACACUUCUAGAACCAAGCGCCUUCACUGCAAAGGAUCUUCAAUUAUUGCUCAAGAACCUUGACACAGAAAUUGCCAUCAAUGAGCAGAAUUUGGCGGACGAGAACGAUCGCCGACACAUGUUUAAAGUGGAUGCCAGUCGUCGGACUCAUAAUUACGACAAAUUUAUAUGCACCUUCCUCUCCAUGCUGGCCCAUCAGGGCGUUCUUGGCGAGCUGGUCAGCCAGCAUCUGUUGCCCUCGAAGAAGGUUAGUGGCCAAAGUGCUGCCAAUCGAAUAAGCAAACAAAACAGUGCCGCCUCGAGUGCAGGUGCCAAUGCUGGAGCUGCUGCUGGAGUCACGCCCAAGAGUCAGCAGCAACAGCAGCAGCCGCAGACUGCCGCUUCGAAAAAUGGCAAAUCUCCAGGAAAAACUCCUGGCAGACGUCGAAAAGGACGCAACAAGUGCAGGAAACGGAAGUAGAGGUUUAGUUUUAUGUAUAAGUUUUUCUAAAUACAUUUCUGCAUUUACUAUACAUAUGUACAUUACGAGAUAUGUAUGUAUGUAUGUUUGUUGAUGCACCGCCAUUCCAGAAUUGAACAGAAUUUGUUCUUCACGGGAGACAUCCAAAAAUACGACAAACGGCUUUGGCUUGGCAGCUUCUUAAGUUUUAUUGAUCAUUUUUCGGAUCAUUUUAAUAAUAAAAAAACCAUUUUGUUCAUAUGAUUAAUGUUCUGCAAGUCCUUGACACAGCAAGGACGUCAGCAAACGUGUAUGCAUUAUAAGUAAUAUAAUGUUCUGAUAUAUAUAUAUGAUAGUUGUAUAACAAAAACGUACUCAUUCAAUAA